AUGACUACAACUCAAUCCACCGGAAAGCCGCAAAUUAGCAUUAUCGGCUCCCUCAAUAUCGAUUUCGUCACUGCCACCCCCCCGCUGUCCCGGCGCCGGCGAAACUCUCACUGCAACUUCCCUCACUGUCUCCGCUGGCGGAAAAGGCGCAUGAUCGGCGCCGUCGGCGCCGAGGACCCUUACUAUGGUUCCCUGCUCAAGCCCGCGCUUGAAACCUCCGGUGUCAACACAGCUUCUAUUGAACAAUCGACCGUCGCGCAGACCGGGUCGGCAACUAUCAUUGUCGAAGAAGCUAUUGGCGGCGAAAACCGCAUUCUUGUCGUCCCCGGCGCAAACCACGCCGGUCUGCUCAGCGAUGCCGAAUCCAUUAUCGCAACUCUGAAGGCCCAGUCUUCGUUCCCUGAUAUCAUCGUUCUGCAGGGUGAGAUUCCCCGCAGCACGACACUCGCUCUACUGGAAUAUUUCAACCGCUCGACUGAGUCCACGAAAGUGGUUUUCAAUCCUGCGCCGGUUUUCCCAGAGGGAAUUCCUCUCCCGGCGCUUAACGGCACAUCGGUGUUGAUUAUGAAUGAGACUGAGGUUGUGCAGAUGGCUAGAUCGAUUGAUGGCCUUCCUGUUGGUGAUGCUGUGGAGCAGGAUGAUUUGCGACCUGAGGAAUUGGCGCCGCGAUUCCAUGAGCGUGCUGGUGUGGAGAUUGUUCUUAUCACGCUUGGCGCGAAGGGUGUCUACUUCUCUACCAAGACCGGUCGCACGGGAACUGUUGCUGGUGUGAAGGUUGCUAAGGUCCUUGAUACCACUGCUGCGGGCGAUACCUUUGUUGGAUAUUUCGCUACGGCUGUGGCGCGUUUCUUCGCUACUGGAAAGACUCUGGAGGCUUUUGAUGAGGAGAUCGAGGGUGCAGUUUCCAAGGCCAAUUCGGCGGCUGCGAUGUGUGUGCAGCGUCGUGGGGCUAUGCAGAGCAUUCCCUUUGCAUAUGACUUGUAA